AAAACUUUUAUUGGUGUUACUGUUCCUUUAAGAGUCAGAACCAAUGAACAAAAAGGGAUAAACAAACGCUGUUUCAGUAACAAUUCCAUUCACACACACAGUAACUGUAAGGCCAGUGUAAAUGUGUAAUUAGUGUAUAAUGGAAAGAAAGAGGGAAAGCUGCUUCACACAUGAGUUACAGGCAAUAACCCAGUCAGCCUAAAACACUCAUGUGUGGAACAGAAGUGAAAGUGAAAGAUUUCUCUAGAGCUCAGAUCUGACUCCAUGUUUGUGUUUCUCUGAAUAUUCCCCUCGGAGCAUUUGUUCGGCUGCAAACAGACAGAAGUGCUGGGACUUACUGAGAUAAUGAAUAUGAGCAGAGUGGGGGCAGCACAAUGGAUGGGAACCCAGAGAUCUCUUGGGACAGAUUUCCUUACACUGACAGGUGUCCCAAUGUGCCUGACGGAUGGGAAAACCAAGUGCAAUCGGACCCCCUACCUGCUACUUAUUUUGUGCAUAUUAGGGAUACACGGGGAAUCAGUGGAGCAGAAAGUAGUUCCCAGACUUCGUGCUAUAAAGGGCUCGGAUUCUGUUAUUCCCUGUACAUCGGAUGUGAAUGGGCCCCCAGUGCAGACCAUAAUCUGGUAUUUCCAGCACAAGGAGAUCCUGCGCUAUGAUGGGGAGAUAAGGGCUGUGGAUCCAAGGUAUUCCUUAAGCACAAACAGAGCCAGAGAUGGAACGGCUUCCCUAGUCAUCUCCAACAUAACCAUAACCGAUGGCGGCACCUACACAUGUUCCCUGUUGUACGGCCAAGGGAAGGAAGACAUGGAAGUUACAGUAUUUAUUCAAGCUCCCCUAGACGUCAGAGUCACUAAUAAUAUUGUAGUGAGGAAUCAGGAGAGCGUCCUGCGCUGCUCAGUCAAUGGGUUCUACCCAUUGGGUAUUGGAAUUAAAUGGCUGAGGGAAGGAGUCUUGCUGCAUAGGAUUAAUGUUGGAAAUGUCCAGACGAACCCAGAUGGCACUUACAAUGUAAACACCACCGCCACCAUCCUACCCACUGAGGAGGACCAAGAUCAGACCUUCUCGUGUAGUGUCCAAUAUAAAUCUCAAGUAGAUGCCUUCCAGUUUGACUUUCGGUUGAUUUUUGGAGUCCCUCCCUCUCUUCACAUAAGCACCCAACCCUUCCGGCUAAAUAAGGAACAGACAUUGAUUUGCCGAGUGUGGGGAUUCUACCCUGAGUCAGUUGUGGUCAGUUGGUUUCUGAAUGGGACCCGUGUGGAAGCCUCAUGGAUUGAGAGGAUAAAUAGUUCUGCUGUAGAGUCUUUCUACCAGUUCACCCCAACAGUUCAGCUCUGGGGAACAGAGAUCUCCUGCAAGGUGGAACAUGGGACCCUGCCCAGUCCUCUUGUGGAGAAGGUGCGAGUGGAAAAUGAAGCAGGGAUAAAGCGGAACCAUAGAGCGGCAAUCCUGGUCACAGCCUUUCUUGUUACCCUGCUGGUACCUUUAGUAAUAUUGAUUUACUAUAAAUGCAAGAAAAGAGAACAGGAAGAAGGGCUUCACCUUGUAGAGGAUUUGGGUGAUGAGAAUCAACUGAAUAAUUCUCUGGCAUCAACAGCAAUUGCAGACAAAGGAAAUGUAUUUGAAGGAAUUCUCCAAGACUUAGAAAUGGGUCAUUACAGAACCUCACAACUUACUCCAAACAAAGUUUGGCAAAUCUGGCCUGAAACUGUAGAAAUACUUGAAUGUCAAACACUGAAGGACGUUCCUUGGAGUUUCCUGAGGAAGCUCAUGUCCUUAAACCCUGCUGCACGAAGCAUGACCCUGAUAUAUGUUGAUAAUCAACCAAUCAUAAGUAAGGGGGAUGGUGAUCAGGACAGCUUUCUAGAAACACCUGUCCGUGACUUGGUUCCAAAUGUAGUCCAUCCUCUAGAUCUUCUCUGUGUUCUUCUUCAUUGUUCAGAUCCUUGUUUACAGCAAGAAAUUUUUUUAAAAAUGUCCAUGUGUCAAUUUGCUGUCCCCCUGCUGCUCCCUUCUUGGUAUGGCCCAAGCUUCACCUUCAUGCUGUGGGCAAUGAGAGACAUUGUGAAGAAGUGGAGACCUCCAUCCUCACAGGACAGUAAAGGGUUUGAGGAGGAUAAUAUUGUGAACAUAUCAAUGCCAGUUUUCUCCUUUGUGCGACUAGGGAACUGCAGAACAUCCAAGUCACGCAUUCUCAACCGUAUCCUCAGCCCGGCUCAUCCGAUCCAAGACUUUUUCCUACAUAGAGAAAUGGAUUCGGGAAAUGUUGCACGUAAGAUCUCCGAUGGGUUGGUGGAAAUAUCAUGGUACUUCCCUAGAACUACAAAUACAUCUAAUGUCUUCCAAGAACCCGCUGCAGUCGUCAAUAUGAGAGGAGACAUCAAAUCGGGAAUGGCACAGUUCCACUUUUUAUGCCAAGUAUCGUCAGCCGUGUUCAUAUUCACAGAGGAUAUUAGUGAGGAGGACUAUGAAGUGCUGCUAGGAACUGAAAAUGCAGAGAACAAGUAUUUUAUCAUUAUUACAAAACCAUACCAGUCUGUGCGUGAAGAGAUGAGGAGAUAUCUGAAGCUGCUGAACUAUAAUGUGCUGAACAAUACGGUUAAUGAUGCAGCACUAGUAGAACAAAUAAGACUCCGUAUUGAAGGGCUUAACAAAAGCUUGACCCAUAUGACUCUAGAGCAAAUGGCUCACAAAGCCGGUGAACUUGGAAUCCAAGUAGAUGAAUUUUCUGACAAUAUUUGUAACUUGAAAACACUUGCUGAGCAGAGCACUAAUAAUAGAGAAUGCCUUGCACCAUAUAAAAGGAAGGCAAUGAGUCUGGAUGGAGAUUGCUGGAAGGAGCUCCAACAAGUAGAAAGAAUAAGAAAACAGUGGGGUGAGAAUGGAGAUGGUAACAAAGCAAAACUUGUACUAAAAUGUUUUAAUCUCUUAACGCAAAUGAAAUGUGAGUUUCAGAAUGUAAUAGUUAGGUUUUUAGUGGCAAUCAAUUAUUUAACUCAGGGAGAGAAACUGAUUUUUCUAAAGUGGAUGAAACUAAACCUUGACCAAGUAGCUAGAGGGAAUCAUGCUGAGGAGUAUUCCCUGGGAGUUGAAGACUUUUUACAAAUGUUACCUCGGUUAUAUGAAGAUAGGAAUACUGGGAACAAUUCUACUGACAACAUUAUCCAUAAACUCCCAGGAUUAGGUGCUGAUCUCCUCCAUGAUGGGUUUCCUUUACAGCUGGUAGAUGGAGAUGCCUCCAACAUCCCCAUGAAGUGGGUUACAGAUGUUCUGAUGGAGCUGAACACCAAGACAGGAGGGAAAUGCAGAAUACGAGUGAUCUCUGCACUGGAAGUACUCAGUACAGGGAAGUCCACCCUCCUGAACUCCAUAUUUGGGCUGCAGUUGCCCGUGGCCAGAGAACAAGGCACACAAGGAGCCUUCAUGAUACUGAUUAAUGUGAAAGAAACCUUUCAGCCAGACCUGGGCUGUGAGUUUAUUGUUUUGAUUGACACAGAAGGUUUGAAUGUUGCUGAAAUGUCUUCUCAUGAAGACAAGUAUGAACUUCACAGCCAGCUAGCAGAAAUAGUGUUUGGGCUGAGUGAUAUUACCAUAAUCAACAUGGUAAGGGAGACUGUAUCUCAACUGAAAGGAAACUUGACCCAGAAAUUCUUAAAAACAAAACGAUUAGGAAGAAAGAAGAAAUGCCUCUUUGUCCACCACAAUGUAAGUGAUGUGUAUUUUUAUAAAGAAGAAGGAGAUGACCCUGAAGUGAACACUUGGUACAUUCCCCCUUUAUGGUUCGGGGCCCCACCCAUGGCUUCUGUUAGCUUACAAUACAGUGAAAGUGUCUGUGAACUAAAGAAAGACUUAAUUUCCAGUAUAAAACAGAUGGAUGUUCAAAACAUACAGGAAUUUUCUGACCACAUGGAACAACUUUUUAAAUCUGCAACCCAUAAAAAUAUAAUAAAAUAGAAUGAUAGAAAAGAAAUAUAGGGGGAAUGAAAUAUGUAUGGCUGAAGGAAAAAACGGUUGCAAUGGGAACAAAAUGGUGCUCUUUACGACAAAAAAAUACUGUUAGCAAACACUUUGCAUCUCUUAAUGCAAAACCCUAUAACAGUAUAAUGAUCCAGGCCUUUACAUUUGUCCACAGCAGCUCCCCAUCUUCUGAUCUUGAUGGGCAUCUUUGAGAGUCAGUGGCACUGCACAUGCUCAGUAGGCUCUGGGCUGCUGUUGGGAAGCUGAGCUUAGGGGUCAUAGGAAAUCAUCAACACUUAAGCUGGAAGUGAGGUCACAUUGGCAAAGAACUAAUGGCUGAUUGCAGAAAACCAUGUAAUUUGAAUCUGAAAUUCACGAUACUAUAAGAGUAUAAUUAAUUCAUAUUGUAUAUAUACUGUAUAUAGGGAGUUGCCCCUAAGCUCAGUGAGCAGCCCAGAGAGAGUGCUGGGAAUCAGCAGAAAAGAUGGGGGCUACUGGGGGUAUAUUUAUGGGCACAGAUCUUUCCUGCCUUGGGCUGGUUUAGAAGAUGCAGAAAUGGAGCCACAAUAAAGUUACAAGGGCUAUAAAUAUUGAUAUAUGUGGGAUGUAGCAGAGACAGAAUACACGGGACCAUAUAGGUCCCACACAGCGGCAACUGCCACGGUUAAGGAGAUGCCCCAAUCUGACACUUUUGUUUGUUAUUUGUCCAUUCCCCCCCCCCCAUACAGUCAUUCCUGUAUUUCUCCCCAUCACUGGCAUUUUUCCCAGUACAACAAUCUCUGCCAUUGACCGCAACACUGCCAUCUCUUCUAUCUACAGCCCCCUGAGGUGACUUUAUGGGUGGGGCAGAGAGAGAAAUAGCAAAUGUAUUUUCUUUAAUGACAUUACAAAUCUUUAAUUUGUCAUGUGAUUUUAUAAAUUAUGUCAUCAGAACUUUGUGGGAGGGGCAAGAGAAGGAUGAAUAGGAGGGUUUUUUUGCUGCACUUUUAGUUAUAUCGACAUUUCUAUCUUUUAUAUCUGGAGCAUCGCAAUGUUUGAAACCAUUUUAAUGAUGCUUCAUGUUUACACAACAUAUUUUUUUAAAUA